AUGGCGGUAGAUCCUGAGACCAAAAUUGAGGCCCCGACGGAGUCCAUUAUUACUCCUGCGACUUCGGAUCGCGAUGACAACUAUGAGUUCUAUAAGCAACACCAAGACUUGCAAUACACACCUGAAGAGGAAAAGGCAGUCUUGCGAAAAAUUGAUCUCCAUUUGAUUCCUCUCUUAUUUUUUAUCUAUUUAUUGCAGUAUCUUGAUAAAAAUAGUAUCAACUUUGCAUCGGUAUACGGCCUCAAAGCUGGAACAGGCCUGACAGGAUCAGACUACUCAUGGCUUAGCUCUAUAUUUUACUUCGGCUACUUAAUCGCCCAAUACCCAGCGGGCCUGGCUAUGCAGAAGCUCCCGGCCGGGAAGUUCCUUGCGACGACAGCAAUUAUUUGGGGUGCUCUCCUUAUGACAACUCCGGCAUGCCACAACUUUGCCGGGAUCGCUUCUAACCGAUUCAUUCUUGGAAUGGUCGAAGCUGUAGUGAACCCUGGGUUUGUAUUGCUGAUGAGUAUGUGGUAUACGGCAAAGGAACAGCCUCUGCGUCUAGAGUCAUACUACUGCACCAAUGGUAUUGCAACCAUGUUCGGCGGACUCCUUGGGUAUGCUAUUGGUCAUAUUCAGACUGGUCUGCCGCGGUGGAUGUACGUCUUUUUGAUCUUCGGUGCCUUUUCCGUUGUGGUGGGUAUUGUGGCAUUGUGGCUUCUUCCAGAUCUCCCAUCAACUGCCCGAUUUUUGAAUGAGCGCGAGAGAGCCAUUGCCUUAGACCGUGUCGCUGUCAAUAAGCAAGGUGUGAAAAACCAUCAGUUCAAGUGGUACCAGGUCUGGCAAGCUGCGCGUGAUCCAAAGACCUGGCUGUUGUUUAUUAUGGCCAUCGGGGCUCAGGUGCCCAACUCGGCUUUGACAAGUUUCACAUCCAUUAUUGUCGGAUCUUUCGGGUUCGACACACUGGGAACUCAAUAUCUCCAAAUUCCUGGUGGCGCCGUCAACUUUCUGACUCUUAUUAUCGGCGGCUGGAUUGCUACAAAGUUCGACGGGAAAUUUCACUCUCGAUUCGCUUGUAUGAUUUUUGCCAACCUCACAUGUAUUCUUGGAUCGGGUCUUUUAGUCGGCUUGUCGGAUUCGAAUAAAUGGGGCCGAAUGGUCGGUCUCUGGCUUUGUUAUUUCCAGGGACUGGGAUUCAGUAUGGGAUUGAUUAUGAUCAGUUCCAACAUUGCCGGUUAUACGAAGAAGCAAGUUACUGGCGCUUUGCUGUUUACGGGAUACUGCGUUGGAAACAUUAUCGGGCCACAGACUUUCAAGUCAAGUGAGGCUCCUGGGUACCAUAGUGCCUAUGUUGCAAUGCUUGCUGGAUAUAGUGUCAAAUUGACUGCAAUCGUGGUGCUAUACCUGUUCAUGUACUUCGAAAACAAGCGUCGUGAUAAGCUGGCCCUUGAGAAUGUGCUUUCUGAGGAUGGUGUGGAGGCAGGAAUGCUGGAUCAAACGGAAAUCGAUAACAAGGGAUUCCGAUAUGUGUUAUAA